AGUCUAGGGUUUUAUGCAAAUGGCCCAGGUAUCCCUUGGAGCGAUGGAGCGCGCUCGUUCCACACUGGAAGAUUUUUGCAGAUCUUAUUUCAUGUUCCAUGGAUUGGACGAGCGCCAUGUUUUCAAGCACUUGCCAAUUCUUAUGUUUGUCGAGGCUUUUAUUUACCAGCUGGACGAUCAGAAUGAGAAUGCGAUCCAAUUAUCAGGUGAUGGUGCUUUAGGAGCUGAUCCUUUCCUGGCAUUGCGACAAGUUCUCAUGAACAAAAAUCUUCUUACUGAGAGGAUUGAGAAGGAGUUGGAAGAUGGAGUUGAGUACUGGCUGUUGGAGCGCACUCUUUGCAAGGCGCUCUCUUCGAGCUCCUCUUCCGAGAUUUCAGCUUCAGAUGUUUUGCGAGCUGUGCGCCUCAAGUCUUUCGACUAUCGCGUUUUGAAUCUUUUGCUCUACCGGCUAAGAGACGAAGAGGUAAACGAAGUCCAUUUCAACUUUCUGAAAACAUCGGAAUUGCUCGUGGAAAUUUCAGACGACCUGUAUGUAAGCUUGCUCUGGAUAUUAAGUUCGCUUGGCCUCACUGUGUUUGUUUGCUGGACGAACAGAUACGACUACGAGGAAGACGUUGUUGACAACAGCUUCAACAUUCUGCGAAUGUUUGUCAGCUUGUAUGGUGCAAAGACAGCUCCAGCAAAGCUUGCAAGUUUGAUAUCUGAGGUCGAGCGAGAGUACGAGAAUCUGGUGAAGCAGCUUGAACCAGGGCUGGCGGCUCGCUACCAGAAGCGCUGCGAAGAAGCGGUAAAAGAAGGUGGAAGCAACUCGAAACACCUUCUUGGAUGCUGGACAAUUCCUCAUAUUAUUCAAGACGAGACCGCAUACAGAUCGAGUGUCAAUCGGGAAGCUAUCGAGUAACUCUUUUACUUGAAUGCCACCCUUGUUUUAAGUC